AUCUGCCCUUCAAUGGCUGACAGAGAGGCCAGAAUCCAAGCCCAGCACUGUUUUCUUGUCUCAGUGGAGUACUGCGAAGAGGAGGUGCUUAGUCAUGAGGUCAUGGGGGGUGAUGUCAGAAUUGCCCACAAGACCUCCCUAAUGAUGGAUGGGAUCCCCUUCAUCUCUCUCCCAAAGCCCCCCAACACCCUUCCUAUCUCCUCUGAUCGUUCAAUCCUCUCCAACCUGUUGUCCCUCAUGGAGGGUGGAGUGGUUUUAAGCUCUAGGGAGGAAGGUAUCUAUGCUGAACGGCAUAGCCAAGCCACAGUCUCCUGGAUGGGUGGCACCGGAGAUGAGAUGCACGUGAUGGAGCGUGAUGUGGACCCUGUGAUGCUCUUCAACAGAGAGCACUUCAGACAGGAGUUGGACCGCUUCGCCAGAGCAGAUGGCUCCCAACCUCAAUGUGGGUUCAGCCUAUGGUUUGGACAAGACUCAUCACUCAGUGCACCAAUCUUUAUAUCGAUUAAAUUACCAUGGGCCCAGCAGCUAUUCAAGGAAGUUCAUGACUUCAGGAUCUGGCUUGAGUCCUCCCCUGUCUCUCCUGGAGUCUGAAGAACUGGUUGGAGUCCCAACAGGACCCCAACUGCUCCCAAUAUGAGCCUAGGCCACAGCCUUUCCCACCAAACCUCUACCCUAAUCACCUCUCCUAAACCUUUUCACCUAUUUUCAUUCCCUAUAUAAACAGCUUAUUGAGCACUAUAUUUAUUCCAUCUCACACUAAAUAGAAGACAAUCAGACAGUAAAUUAAUAAAUACCCUUCAAAUGCAUCAUUUUAAUGUUGCUUAUUUGUCCAUUUCACAUUACUGCUUACUUCAUGCUGUUUGUUCUAUUACAUUUGUUUGACAUUUUAUCAAUUUUGUGACAGUUAGGUAAAUAGAUACAGGUUGAUACAGAUAGAUAUAUUGAAAAUAAUUAUUAUAAAGAAUUAAACUAUAGGAUUCAGACAUGUGCAAGUACAUUUGUGCAAAAUGUGCAAGUACAUUUUACAUUUUAGUAAUUUAGCAGACACUCUUAAUAUUGCUCUGAAAUAUGUUGGCUUGAGUUGUGCUGUUAUCUAAUAAACAAUAUCGCUAGACUGUAAUUACAUAGCAGUUACAUAGCAGUUAUUAUAUAAGUACACAAGCUCCUGAGUGGCGCAUCAGUCCAAGACACUACAUUUCAGUGCUAGAGGCGUCACUGUAGACCCUGGUUCGAUCCCGGGCUGCAUCAGAACCAGCCGUGAUCGGGAGUACCGUAAGGCGGCGCACAAUUGGGCCAGCGUUGUCCGGGUUAGGGGAGGCCGGGGUAGGUGUUCAUUGUAAAUAACAAUCUGUUAUUAACUGACUUGCCUAGGUAAAUAAAGGUUAAAUAAAAAAUGUAAUAAAAUAUGCCAUGUUACAGAAUAUGUGUCCAAGUGAAAGGUAAGAAAGCAAUUUUAUCCAGGUGGCACCUGUACAUAUUACCUCAAAUUCCUUGACACCGGUGCCCCCUGUAUAUAGCCCUGCUAUUGUUACUUACAGCUCCUCCUUAAUUAUUUGUUAUUCUUAUCUCUUACUGUUUUGUUGGUAUUUUCUUGAAACUGCAUUGUUGGUUAAGGGCUUGUAAGUAAGCAUUUCACUGUAAGAUCUACACCUGUUGUAUUCGGCGCAUGUGACAAAUACAAUUGGAUUUUGAUUUGACUAUCACACCUGAAUUGACUAGCCAACGCAUCACAAAGCCCUUGAUACAGCCUAAUGCAAGUAUUUGUAUCUGAUGUCCCUGACAAAGAUUUAAAAUAGACAGCAGAUUUAUUUUCUGAAGCACCAGUAUCUUUCUGCACAAAUAUUAGAGAGUCACGUCUCUAUAAUAACUAUUGGGAUCAUUGUAUGAGCUUUAGCUCUGAAGAUUGUGUGAUGUUAUUGAGAAGCACUCCAUCACCGAUAUAUACUCAUUAGUUUUCACUUUCAAUUAGAAACAGCAAUACAUAGGUUUAGGGUGACAUGCCCAGGGAGAAGGAGAUUAAGGCUGGAGAUCAUAUGCAAUUUAAAGGCAAAACCCCUUAACACUAAUACCAAUAACAAGAAGGCCCUGAGCACAAUCACAGUUUGGUGACACAUGUCACACCAAUAAAACAGUCAACUUGGGUAUUCUGUUUAAUUACAGAACAUUUUUAAAAGUGAAUUGUUUUAUUACACAUGUCCUCUUCAUUACAUUUGACAUAUUAAAUAUUUUAAAAGAUGUUAAGCUACGCCUGACUAAGUCACAUGACUAAGUCACUUAAAAUAAGUCACUUAAAAGUGUCUGCUUAAUGGCAUAUAUUAUUAGAUAAUAUUAUAUGUGGACAAUAAUAUCUUUAUAAUAUUGAUACAGUCAUGGGUCAAGUGUUUUAUUGUGUAUUUAUGACCUGCUGUAUAUGACCUGUUAGUCAGUUGAAUAUCUGGUUAAAUAGUGAAACAACGUGGUCUGCUCGCCUUAGCUCUGUCACGGUAAAACUGUAUUACGUGGCACUGGAGCAAGAGCGCCAACUGUCUUGUAUCACCGCAUCUGUACAAUAAACCAGUGGGAUUCGUGGCAGUUUUUUUGACAGUUUUGUUUGGUAUUUUGGGGGGCUGCACUACUAAAAUCAAUGUCUCCUAUCGAGCGGAGCCUGGUGCAAGGAAUAAUGAGGAGGCUAUUGUUAGAAGAGUGCAGUGAACAAAUGUAGAAGUGCAGAAGUUCAGUAAGGUAUGAGGGCACCAGUACAUUGAGUGCUUUGUAGGUGAGCAUGAGCAGUUUGAAUACCAUACAAGAUGAUAUAUUCUAUCAAGUCUCCUUCCAGUGUCUAAAUGUAUGUUUGUUGGAGGAAAUUAUAGUUGAAAUGAUUAAUUAUGUAUACAUUUAAAUUAGAACCAUUUAUUUUAAUACAAUUAUGUUAUGGUAUGAAAUGUAUGAGUUAUUGGUUAAACUAGGACUGAAAAUGUAGGUAAAACAAAUUAAUUGUCUGUACCUUGCGUGUUUAAGGGAGAGGGAUGGCAUAUCUUUUCAGACAGAUAAGAAUGUUCUUUGAUGUUCCAUUAGUGGAGGAGAAAAUGUAUUUUUAGACAGAUUGGAAUGUUUGUUUUAUGAGGGGAGUAGAAGAGAAUUUCCAGACCUGAAGACACUGCGCUAUUGUGUGGAUCGGAGAGAGUGUGAGAAACUGAUGACGUCAUUUUAUGUUCUCUCUCUAAAAUUGAAUGUUCUUUGUAUUUUGGGUUAGUACUCUCUUGAAUUAAACGCUGUUACCUGACUUUU